AUGCAGAAUUCAUCACAAAAUGAAAGAAUCAAAUCUGUAAACCUUAUUGAUCAUUUAGCACCUGACAAAUCAAGACGUAAUAAACCUUUAUUAGCAACAACAGCGAAAUCUAUAAAACCUGAAGAGAUUUGUUCCCAAGCCAAAAUGAUUCAUGAACCAAAGAAAAUUGAGACAGGUAUAUUAGUAGAUGUAUGCAGUGGCGACGCCUCUGGGGAAUUAUACGAUUCUCCGGCACUUGGGUCACCACGAGUAGCUCAGCCGGAGUCAAUAUCUUCAUCCUUACAUGCACAGGAAGAUAUCGGUGUUGGCUCGCUAGUGGAGGUCGCCACAGAUGUUGAUCAACAUUAUUAUGGCGUCGUCAGAUGGAUCGGAAUCAUUGAUGACACGGCGACGGCGGGCGUGGAGUUGGAGCAGAGCAUGUGCGGGCUGGGCGACGGCAGCCGCGGGGGCGCGCAGCUGUUCACGUGCGCGGCGGGGCGCGCGCUGUUCGUACCGCUGGCGCUGUGCCGUCGCGACUCACGCUUCCGCGACACCCCGCCCCCCGACCGCGCCCACCUGCACCGCGCACAACACUUCGAUGAUCAGCCAGAUUGUCCGGUGGUUCCCGGAGUAGUGCCACCCUUGACUUCGCUUGGCGAUCUGGCGGGCAAGAACCGCGGCAUUCAGGGCCACCACAACUCCUGCUACUUGGACGCUACAUUGUUUGCUAUGUUCACAUUUACAAGUGUUUUCGACGCAUUGCUGUAUAGGCCACCAGAACCUGAGGACUCUGUGCACUACGCGGAGGUGCAGCGCGUGCUGCGAGAGGAGGUGGUGAACCCGUUGCGACGGCACGGCUAUGUGCGCGCUGACCGCCUCAUGCGCCUGCGCACGCUGCUCGAACGGCUCUCCGACGUGCCCGGCCUCACCUGCGAGGAGAAGGAUCCAGAAGAAUUUUUAAACGGUCUUGUAGCGCAAUUGUUACGAGCAGAACCAUUCCUCAAAUUGUCGUCGGGGCAAGAAGCUUACUGUUAUCAACUGUUUGUAGAAAAAGAUGAACAGGUUACACUGCCCAGUGUGCAACAACUUUUGGAACAGUCAUUUGCUACAUCUGGGGUUAAGCUAAGUGAGGUGCCUUCUACACUAAUAAUACAAAUGCCCCGAUUCGGGAAACAGUAUAAAUUAUACGAACGCGUACAACCUUCACCUCUACUGGAUGUAACGGAUCUAAUAGAAGGAUUGCCGCGGCAAUGCACGGUAUGCGGCGCGCUGGCGCGCUGGGAGUGCGGUGCGUGCGCGGGGGUGGGUGCGGGGGCGGGAGGGGCCGCAGGCGUGGGUGGCGCGCUGGAGGCUGGCGCGCUCUGCACCGCCUGCCUGCGCCUCGCGCACGCUACACGCCCGCACCACAAGGCAACCCCAUUAACCAUUUGCGAAGAAUUUGCCAACGUGCUGGAAACAUGUCCUGUGCCUAGAGUAUACAUGGAACUAUUUGCGGUUCUUUGCAUAGAGACUAGUCACUAUGUAGCUUUUGUUAAAACGGGAGUAGCUCAUGAUGCUCCGUGGUGUUUCUUCGAUUCAAUGGCUGAUAGAAAAGGCGAGCGCAACGGGUACAACAUCCCGGAGAUCGUGUGCCUCCCGGAGCUGGGCGCGUGGCUGUGCGAGGAGGCGGGCCGCGAGCGCGCGCCGCCCGCGCACGCCCGCCGCCUGCUCGCCGACGCCUACAUGUGCUUCUACCGCAGCCCCGACGUCGCCAUGUACCGCUAG